AUGGCCUCUUUCGAUUUCUCGACCACCGGGUCUGAAGUAGUCGCUAAAUUAUCAGAACGAGUCUUUGGGAAAACAUGUGAGUAUAAGUUCCUACGAAUAUACGGAGUCCUUCUUCGUGAUCACCGGAGCCAGCCAUGGAGGGCUGGGGGCCACAUAGCCCUUCUCCUUGCUGCUGCCAAUCCUGCUGAGAUUGUUCUUCUCGGGCGUUCAGAAAACAAAGCCUCCCUAGUCAUGAAGGCGAUCAGAGAAACCAGCCCCUCUACCAUUGUACGAUUUGUUAAAAUUGACCUCAUGUCCUGCGCAUCGGUGCGAGUUGCGGCGGCAGAGAUCAAUUCGUCUAUCUCCAAGAUCGACGUCCUCAUUAAUAACGCAGGCAUCAUGGGUGCCAAGUUUUCUUUGACUCCUGAAAACGUGGAAAGUCAUCUGGGUGCAAACCACAUUGGUCAUUUCCUGCUCACCAACCUCCUUGUUCCGAAACUUGAAGCUUCUGGCGGCGGUGCUCGGAUUGUAAAUGUAUCCAGUGCCAUGUACCAGUUCAGUCCAGUCAUGUUCGAGGAUUACAACUUCUCCAACGGCAAGACUUACAACGCUUGGACAGCUUACGGACAGUCCAAGACAGCAAAUAUCUUAUUUGCCGUUGCAUUGGCCAGGAAAUUAGAGAAAAUGGGAGUAAAGUCCUACUCAUUGCACCCGGGAGUCAUACAGACAACGGGUCUGUCGUCCGGAGUCGAUUCAGCAGCGUGGUCCAUUGUGGGACCUAUGGUUGAAAGUAAGGGGAUGAAGAUACCGAAGGAAAAGAACAUUGAGCAGGGCUGCGCAACUACACUUGUUGCGGCCCUGGACCCUGCGCUUAAUGAUCAAUCGGGGUCAUUUCUCGAUGACUGCAAUCCACAACAGGUUCUGGAAUACGCCUCUGACACCUCCAAUGCGGACAAGUUGUGGACUCUGAGUGAGAAAAUUGUCGGAGAAGAAUUUUGCUACUGA